AGUCGUAAGGAAACAUCACCAUGGUAAGAAGGAUCAACGUACAGUCUAUAGAAUGGAAGCACUGACUUAUUACAUGUUAUCUUGCACUUUAAAGACAUGCGCAUAGGGUAUGCUGCAUUCCCCAGUGAUAACACAUGUCAAUAGUCAUCUUUUUUUUCUGUAGGGACAGUAAAAGAUAGCAACAUAGGGUCAUACUGUUGAUAUGAAACAAGGCAUGAUUCACUUUGCGCGCAGUGAUGAUCCGAAAAGUCGUUGGAGUUUCUCACAGUCCUUUCUUUUUUCUUUGUUCAAGCUUACUUUUUUUUUUCUUACUUUAGCAAUGGAUACAUUACCAUUGACAAGCCUUGCACUCGCCGAAUAUUAUGAUGCCAACGAUCCAUUUGCUGCAUUCCGUCAAGAAUUCAUGAUACCAACGCAUGGAACGUUAGCCAAACAACCCAACGCCAUAGAGAGCUCAAAAGUAGAUGAAGAAUGCAUCUAUUUAUGCGGCAACAGUCUUGGUUUAUUACCCAAAUGUACAAAAGAAUUGAUUCUGGAAGAAUUAGAUGCGUGGGGUAAAAGAGGCGUAGAAGGGCAUUGGAGUCAUCCUUAUGGUCGUCCUUGGGCUACCAUGGACGAAAUUGUAAAAGAACCUCUGGCACGGAUCGUAGGAGCCAAACCUGUGGAAGUGUCAGUGAUGAACACGUUGACGACCAACCUUCAUCUCAUGUUGACGGCCUUUUACAGACCUACCGAGACUCGAUACAAGAUAUUGAUUGAACAGAAAGCUUUUCCAUCGGAUCAUUAUGCUGUGGUGUCUCAUCUUCAAACAAGAAACAUCGAUCCUGCGGAUGGACUCGUCACCCUCGGUCCUCGUCCUGGAGAGCAUCUUUUACGCACAGAGGAUGUGGUGGAUGUGAUUCAAAAGGACCCUCACAUUGCUGUCGUCCUGUUAUCCGGAGUACAAUACUAUACAGGACAAUGUUUUGACAUGGAACGCAUCACCCAGGCUGGACAUGAAGCAGGCUGUAUUGUAGGUUGGGAUUUAGCGCAUGCUGUAGGCAACGUUCCCUUGAAGCUGCAUGAGUGGCAGGUGGAUUUUGCCUGUUGGUGUUCUUACAAAUAUCUCAACGCGGGUGCAGGUGCGAUUGGUGGGCUCUUUAUCCAUGAAAAGUACAAGGACGACGACCAAAAGCCUCGUCUGGCCGGUUGGUGGGGCAACGAGAAAGAAAACCGGUUUGAGAUGCGACCCGAGUUUGUGCCCAGUCGAGGUGCGUCUGGCUAUCAGCUCAGCAAUCCUGACAUCUUGAGUGUUACUUCUCUGUAUGGCUCCUUAUCUGUCUUUGACCGUGCAGGAGGCGUGGAAGCACUGCGCAAUAAGAAAUCCGUGGCAUUGACGCAGUAUCUAGAGCAGUUACUACGUGAGGUGUUGAAGCAAGAAUUUGAAAAAGAACAGGUUCGCAUUCUGACUCCUUCCAAUCCCAAAGAACGUGGCUGUCAGCUUUCUCUAGAGUUUCCUACGGAAGGAAAAAUGAUGGAAAUCUUUACAGCUCUUUAUUUGCGAGGCGUGAUUGUGGAUGAGCGUAAACCCACCGUCAUACGAGUCGCACCGACCCCUCUGUACAAUUCCUUUAAAGAUGUUUAUCUGUUUACAAAUCUUUUAAAACAAGUCAUGGAUGAGGUGUAUCGAUAAACAGGACGUUUAUUCUCUUCUUUUUGAAUAGUAGCAAACGAUGAGCAUAAAAGACAAUGAGAGGAUGGAAAGAAAUAUUUAUAUUAUGUAAUAGAAGGGGGAGAGUGGAAAGAAAACAAUUAAUAAAAA